AGACCGGCUUCCGCUUCCGCCUCCGCCGUCGCAACAGGAACCGACUCCGCCUCGCAGCCGGGCGUCGCCACCGCAUCCGCCUCCCUCGCAGCGGUCGUCGCCACCGCAUCCGCUCCCUAGCAGCCGGCUUCGCCACCGCAUCCGGCCCCUCGCAGCCGGCGUCGCCACCACAUCCGCCUCCCUUGCAGCCGGCGUCGCCACCAGACCCCCGCCUCCCUCUGAUGGCGGCGAUACACGCGAGGCUGCCGAUCGCGGCAGAGGCUGCCGAGCGCGGUGCUGCCGGCGCCGCCGCUACCGCCGCCGCCGAAGCGGCAGCGUUUGAGGACGGGAAUCCAAACUACGGUGAUGGGCAAGAGAAAUUUGAUGCGGUCAUAGCUGAUCUUCUCCUGAUCCAAGAGUUGGAUAAGAAUCCCCGUGUCCCAAAAGAUGAGUUGUAUCGUUACAAUGUGCUCCCCGAGGAGCUCACUGCACUAGGGCCAAGGGUUAGAGAAUUGGGUGAUGACCUGUACGAAGCCCUUGGUCUCUCUUCCAUGGACAGGCGAAGCUUUGUCCAAAUGAAGCUCAAGCAUCAGGCCCACCAUCCAAUUGCCCGAACUUUACUGGAGAAAAUCAAUAAAAAUAUGGAGAAACUUGAGACGAUACCUUAGAGAUGGAACGCAUUAAGGAUCGCCCGGUGAUACAUCUCAAGGAAUAUCUCUUCAAGGAGCCCGAGCUUCUCCUGAAACCCAAGGACCCCAAGAAACGAAAGAUCAAGCGCUAGAAGUGGUUGAACGCAGAGAGGAAACAGUAGAAAAAGAUAAUAGAAUUAGGACUCGUGAAUUGUGGUAAUAGCAGUACCAUUUCCUGAAACAUGCCUACAACUGUACCUGAGAGGAAACGGUAGAGUAAAGGGAGUAGAAGUAGCGACCUGUAAAUCGUAGUAACCCAUUACCUGAAACACGUCUACCGAGUGACAGACAUUAGAUGGUACAUGCAUGGUGUUAUGAGAAUUGUUGCUCUGACCGGUGGUUCUAUGUACUUGCAUGGUGUUCUGCAAGU